UAGUGAGCUCCGGUGGCGGGCAUUAAGCGGGCUGGCGGGGAGCCCAGCCCCGGAAUUGUAUUUCUUAACCGCCUUUAAAUAUGGACCCCCUAAGAUAAAGGGCCAUAAGCUCGAGUCGAUCUAACUGUCUAGGUUCCUUAAGGUGUUAGGUUAUCAAGAUAAGUCGGUUUAACUUGACAACCUCAUAAUACUAACCGUGAUAAACCUCAUCUUUUUCAAAUCAAAACUUCUACAGUAAUAAAGAGAUCUUGUUGCUUUCCCAUAUUUGAUGAGUCACUUCGUCCAACCUCACUAGCCUCUUGUCUUACCAGGCUUGCUUUUCUUAUUUGUAAUUGAGUAGCACACCGAGGGGCAACCUCGUCCUCCGGAGUUCUUAAAAGUCCAUCAGAGUUGCCCAAGAGACCGUCAAAAUGUCACACUCAAAACCGAUCCCGCAGACGAGGAGAGGAUUGGAUAUCGCUUCGUCCUUCACAUCUGCUUCUCCCAUAGCACAGGAGAUCUUGGCUAGAGAUAUCGCGGAAUGCACCGAGGACGAGGCUGAGGAAGAUGUGUUCGAUGACGACGAGCCUGAAUCAGAGUCUGAACCUGAAAGCGGGCCUGUCUUAUACACCCAGCCCACCGGCGUUGCUUUUGGCUUUAGAAGGCCAAGCAUAGUGAUCGAUCCCGUGAACGAGCCUGUUCUCACGAGGAUCGAGAAGAAACAAUCUCGCAAUGCUGAGCGCAGUCUUCUGAGAGACAACCAUUUUCUUCCGCCGAAACACACCCCAGAAGAACGGCCCGGGAUGCUCUCAAAGCUGUAUAAGGCUCUUUUCAGCACUAAAAUUCGCAGAACGCCAAGUGAUGAAGAGGUUCCUAGAAUCACUAUUCAGCCGUCCGAGUCUUCACCUUUGCUAGGCGAUAGACCUAGCUCCUUAACUUUACCCCAUGAUCGUUUAAAUGAUCAGUGGGAGGCUGCUGUAGCUUCCGGAAAGCUAGAGACGACAUGGCAGAGAGAAGCACAGACAAUUGCGAUUUACUCGCGAUCGCUGAUCUUGACGUUCCUGUUGCAAUAUAGUAUCAACAUUGCUAGCAUAUUUGCUGUUGGAAGGAUCGGAAAGAUAGAGCUAGGUGCUGUUAGUUUGGCUACCAUGACAGCAAAUAUUCUUUGCUAUGCGCCCAUGCAGGGACUAGCGACGAGUUUGGAUACUCUAUGCGCCCAGGCAUAUGGCUCUGGUCACAAACAUCUAGUAGGCUUACAAUGCCAACGGAUGACAUAUUUCUUGUGGUCGCUUGUUAUCCCGGCGGCCGUACUUUUCUUCUUCGCUGAAGAUAUACUACUUCACAUAGUACCCGAUGCGCGUUCUGCCAAGCUCGCAGGUCUUUACCUUCGAAUCGUGACAGCUGGUGUACCUGGCUUCGCUGCGUUCGAAGCAGGAAAGCGGUUUGUUCAGUCACAAGGACUCUUUGUUGCAACGACUUACGUGUUGUUGGUUGCCGCGCCCUUAAAUAUUCUUGUCAACUGGCUCCUCGUUUGGCAUUUCGGGUGGGGAUUUAUCGGUGCCCCUAUUUCGGUUGCGAUAACGCAAACAUUGAUGCCUCUCUUGCUACUUGCGUACGUGGCGUUUGUGGAUGGGUCACAAUGCUGGGGAGGUUUCACCCGUCGUGCUCUUACAAAUUGGGGCCCGAUGGUCAAGCUUGCGUUACCUGGGAUGAUCAUGGUGAUGGCUGAAUGGUUCGCCUUCGAAAUUCUUACAUUGGCGACAAGCCAAUUCGGGACGACGUAUCUGGCGGCGCAGAGUAUUUUGGUUACAUUGACGUCAACAACCUUUAUGAUCCCUUUUCCCGUCUCAAUCGCGGCCUCUACACGGGUUGCCAACUUGAUAGGAGCGGGGUUAAUAAACGCAGCCAAGACGUCAGCCAAAGUGGCUUUUUGGGCGGGAUGUCUUAUUGGAUUAUUCAACCUGUGCUUGCUUGCGGGUCUCCGCUAUCAACUUCCUCUGCUAUUCACACAAGACGAAGAAGUCAUCGGCUUGGUGGCGAAGGUCAUGCCGUUAGUUGCCUGCAUGCAAGUUUUUGACGGUCUCGCAGCUGUUGCCCACGGACUUCUUCGUGGAAUCGGAAAGCAGUCAUUCGGUGGUUACGCAAAUUUGUCGAUCUACUACAUUAUUGCUUUGCCAAUUUCGUUUACGACAGCUUUCCUUCUCGACUGGAAGCUCACGGGCUUAUGGUUGGGCACCACAAUAGGAUUGGCUCUCGUCGCCGGCGUCGAGUACUGGUAUACUUACAUUUCGGAUUGGGAACAGUCGGCUCGGGACGCGGAGAACCGGAAUGCGGCUGGUUGAUAAGAUAAUUGCGAGAUUGCGAGAAAUGACGAGAUGUUGGCGUAUGCAGUGUAUUACAUGCGUAUUCUUCAACCAACGCAACAGGGCGCAGUUUGUGUCAUUUUGCGCGAUUUGUCGACGUAUGGCUGGAUAGUUGUGUAUGAUAUGUAUGCAUAGAGCGCGGUAUCACAACAGAAAGGUUCAAGCCGUGUCGGAAUGAUAUCCAUGCUUUUUAAUAUUCAGGUAGGAAUCUAGAUAGACGCCACCGCAAACUAGUAGGUACGUAUACCUAUGUAUUUAGGUAACCAUCCGCACAGUAUCCGAAUAAUUUGAUACAUAAAAUGAUUG